GAGACAUCGGAACUCCUCGAACCUGACGCUCAAGACUCUGAUGUUGAUAAUGACAACGACAACGACAACCGAUACGAUACACAAAUCAAAGCUAAUCACUAUUACUUGGCUAUGGAUUGGACUAACUCUCCUAAAUUUGGUGACCAUUGUAUUAAAGUGGAGACGAAGUGUGGUAUCAGUAGUGACACGGACUACAAGCACAGGAGUGAAGCGAACGAAGUGAUUGGUUUGGAGGACUGCUUGCAAUUACACACCAAACCCGAAACGCUCACAGCAGACAACCCAUGGUAUUGUCCGAAGUGUAAGGAACAGCGACAGGCAAACAAACAGAUAACGUUAUGGCGUUUGCCUCAAGUGCUGGUCAUUCAGUUAAAGCGAUUCAGUUUUCGCAACAGUUUUUGGAGAGAGAAACUCGAUUCGAUGGUUCGCUAUCCCAUCCACGGCUUAGAUAUGAGCCAAUACUACGUGAGGACUGAUAACAAUCCCGACUGCCCGCCCGUCUAUGACUUGUUCGGAGUGGUCAACCAUUUCGGUAGCCUUUUUGGCGGUCAUUACACCGCUUACGCCAAAACCAGUGAUAACUAUAAGAAUAUAGGUUGGCGUUGUUUUGACGACUCGCGCGUGGAGUCGGUGGACGAGGACUCGGUGGUGACCAGAAAUGCUUACAUGCUUUUCUACAAACUCAGAGACAAUUGACAUUGAAAUUAGUUAUUUUAUAUCUCAAUUGUAUUAACGAAUCAAAUAUUUAAUAUUAUUAUAUUUGAAAAUAUUAUGUGACUUAUAAUAAUAUGAAUUCUGUUUUUAUGAGAAGCGUUUGUUCUAACCUCCCAUUGUUUUAAUAGACUCGAAAUGUUUAUUAUGAAUAAUAACUUAUGUUUUAAUAAUAGUUAAUUAUAUACAACCC